AAACUCUGUCUUUGCAACCAUCGUAAAUAUACUUUCAGAAGAAAAUGAACAAGUAGAAGCUAAAAAGCGUAUUGAAUGAGGUUAAAUAGAUAAUGGCGUCGUUCAAUUUCCUUUUAUGGAUGCGUAUUAUCGAAGGAGUUGAGACUAUUCAACUCUUUCUAUUGCGCAAUUAUACGCAAUUCUUCUGUAAUCAAUAGUCCCACACCUUCAGGAACGGAUAGAUAAUUAAUAACUAAACUUUCUUUUUAAGCCAAUACGUUUUUUUUAGAGGUAGGUGAUCAAGGAUAAGAAGACAAAAACAAUCGAUAGUCACUGAGCAAGAUAAGCGCGCUGGAAACGGCGAAGACGAGAAAUCUGCCCUGACAUACUUUGAGGAUUGCAGAAAACGGGAAAACAAUGGUCCGUAUUCUGUGCACAUAUUUUAUCGAUUGGGCUGGUAAAGUCACUAUCAUCAUUCCCACAGAAUUGAUCUAUCACCAGUACGCUAUACAAAAACAAGGAAGCGUUGUCUAUUGUGCCCAUCCUGAUGUCGAACGACUGAGAUGCGAUCAUCGUAUGGUCGGGGCAUUAGUUGGUACAUUACCCCGACUUCCCUUGCAAAACACCUUUCACGGUCUCCCUCUUCUGUUGAUGCCAGAAGAAGUCACUUUGGCUCUGUCUAAAAAUAUUAUAGUUAUUGAAUCAUGGGAGUAUCCCAGGACAGCUAAAGAUCGUAUCAAAUGUUCGGUUUACGCUUAUUUGUGGAAUCUUGGCUUUUAUAUUACAAGAGGAACAAAAUUUGGUGGAGACUUUCUGACCUAUCCGGGUGAUCCUAUGCGUUUUCACAGCCAUUGUAUAGUUGAAGCUGUAGAAAGGGAUGAUGAAAUAAAGGCAAUAGACCUUAUUGGUAAGGGCCGUUUAGCUACAAAUGUCAAAAAGACUUUUGUGCUAGCUUCAGUUACCGAGAAACGAGAGGAGGUAUUUACAUUGUCAUGGGCGGGGUUUUAAAUAAAACAAAAGAAAAAGUGCAACAAACCCAUAAGCCAGAAAUUGUUACUCUGCAUAUAAUGCAUUUAUAUAUGUAUUUAAAUAUUUAAAUUAUAAAGUUGGUUCGCAAAGAUCUACUUGUGCUGAACUGUAUUGAAAGUACAUUGACAUCAUGCUUUAAAGCCUAAUUUUUUGAGGGUCAGCCAGAGAGGAGAGGCGUUGAUCAGAAUUAAGCACAGACACCCAAAGGUCCGAAAGAAUGCAGAGUUGUUCUUAUUGGC